CAAAGUAGUUAAUUUCAGUUUAAAAUUGAGGUCAUCUUUAAAGGAGAAAUUUGAAUGGAAAGUUCAAGUACGUCAUCCGACGUCCGACCUGAAUCGAUACCAUCUAUCGAUUCUCCCACUUCGUCGAUGCGUUUGAUAACUCUUAUCUUGUUAUUGUUAUCAUUUUUAAAAGCACGUCCUCGGACCGUUUUAUUUAUAGGCAGUCCGUCGAAAUGUCCGUCCUGACAUCGAACAAUAUCGACUGGAGGGAAGAGCAUAGGUCACUCAAGGAGAAGAUCAAAUACGCCUUUGCCUCCGCCCUCUUCACUAAUAUCACACUUACAGUGAGCGAUGGCCAAAACAUCGAGAUGUUCCGAGGGCAUAGCGUUUUCCUGAUGAUGGCCAGCCCAGUAUUCGAGAGGAUGCUUGAAGGCGGUUUCAAAGAGAGUUCAUUCCACAUUUACAUUGACGACGUCAACACCGAUGUGUUCCGUUCGUUUUUAGAGUUCAUCUACUUUGACGCUGUUGAGCUAAAAUCCUUCUACGAGGCAUGCGAGCUGUACAAGCUCGGACACAAGUACUUGGUUGUACCAUUGCAGGAGUACUGUCUGUCUUACAUAAGGCAGAAUCUCAAUGUAGGCACUGCUUGCACUGGGUACGAGCUGGCUGACAUCUACGACCUGAUGGACAUCAAACGGGCAUGCCGGCAGAUUAUGUUGUCCAAUACAUCAGAAGUCAUGUCUCACCCUGCAUUCCUCUGUGUCAAGGAAAGGACUAUACAUUCCUUGUUGGAAGAGGCGAAUCUUAACAUAUCGGAAAUUACGCUUUUCAAAUAUGUCGAGGCUUGGAUAAAAGCUGAAAUGAAUAGGAGAGGGAUGAGCAACGCUGAUGAGGAGGCUAUGAAGCGCAUGAUCGGUGAGACAAUCAUCCCCAAGUUCCAUUUCUUCGACAUGACACUCAAGGAGUUCACGGAUGGUCCUUGCAAAAGUGGACUGUUGACUGUUGAACAACGUCUUGCUGUAUUCGAAAACAUGGCCUCAGAGAAUGCGUCCCCGCUGCCUGAAGGGUUUACGAAGCAAAGGCGUAAAAGGAAGAACACAUUGGUUGAGUCAUACGCCAGGGAUGGAACUGUAAUCGAGCUAGCAUGUUUUAUAAAACCAAUAGUCGAUUUUAUGAAACACCGUUAUAUUUAUUUCACAUCGAACAGCAACAUUACAAUAAAAGCCCUGAAGUUUUCAACGAGAGAGGCCACGGUUGAAUCAGAUGUUGGCCGUACGUACCAGGAGAAGCUCGGUGUGAAACUCUGGGAAGUGAGCAAGGACUGUGAGUCGAUCACUGACAUACGGUCUGAUGUCGAAUACAGCUCAGGCCUUGUUGUCGAGCUCUCAUCUCCCGUACGAGUUGUCACAGGUCGGCGUUACACACUUGUCAUGUGGACCGAAGGCGGCGAUUACAAAUCGUUUCCUCUUGACAGGGUCACGCUGACAGACAAUGGGGUCCAGCUACUUUUCAUGCAGGACCCGUCUUCGCCGCCCAUUCUGCCCCUACUCGCCAUUUAUUACUCAAAAUAACCAUUAAAAAUAAGUCAAUUUGAAUUAAUGAAGACUUGUGGCCUCUCAAGGAAGUCUAUGACGUUACCAUAAUCAGAAGAACUUGUUCCCCUCCACCCAGGACGAGGAGAAAUUAUAGUGUAA